CGGUGCCGGAAGCGGCGGCGGCUGUGGAGGGGCCGCCAUGGUGUGCGACAAGUGUGAGAAGAAGCUCGGAACGGUGAUCACACCUGAUACAUGGAAAGAUGGUGCAAGAAACACUACAGAAAGCGGUGGUCGUAAAUUAAAUGAAAACAAGGCAUUGACCUCAAAGAAGGCAAGGUUUGAUCCUUAUGGAAAGAACAAAUUUGCAAUAUGUCGGAUUUGUAAGAGUUCUGUCCACCAGCCAGGGUCCCACUAUUGUCAAGGAUGUGCCUAUAAAAAAGGCAUCUGCUCAAUGUGUGGCAAGAAGGUCUUGGAUACGAAGAACUACAAGCAAACAUCUGUCUAAUUGUACUGACUAGUCUUUUUCUGAACUUUACCUUCUGUGUCUUUGUACAGUAACUUUUCUCUAAAAUGAUUUGUGAAUAUUACUUUCUGGAUGAUAGUACUUGGAAUGAGAGGUAAAGACAGCCUGCUUGCCUAAAAUGUACAUAGUAUUUGAUUAUUGUUGUUUUAGCACUAAUAUUGACUGGUAUUUAAAGGUAAUGGCUUUCAGCAACCAUUAGAGUUCAAAGGGAAGGAGAAGAAGCAAGUGGAUGGGUUGAAACUAGAUUGCCAUCAGAGCAGAGAUCUUUGAGAUGAAGACUUUUUUUUUCCCAAUCACAAGUCUUCUGCUUGUCUCAUGGUCAUGUUUUGUAGAUGUAUAAAAUACGAACUUCCAUCAACUCAUUAAAGUAUCUUCAUUUAGUUGUAUGCCUGUAAGUAUUUAUAAUUAUUUUAACCCCAAAGUAUUGUGACUUUGUUCUUCAGAUUUUAAUGCAAUUGUCCUGUUGUAUUUUGUUUCUGCCUACAAUAUGGUCGGUUAAAUCACAAAUUGUUAAGCUAGUGAAAUCUGGUGUGUUGCCCUGCCAGCAACCAAGCCCUACUGCUGCUCCCUCACUCUCCCACCAUCAGGAUUUAGGAGAGAAUUGGAAGGGCAAAAGCCUGAAAAUGUGGGAUAGAGACAGUUUAAUAGGGAAAACAAAAGAGAGAAUUAAUUCACUACUUCCCAUGGGCAGUCAGGUGUUCAGCCAUCUUCAGGAGAGCAGGGCCCCAUCACCCAUUAUGGUUUCUUGGGAAGACAAACUGAUCACUCAGAAUGACCCCCUUGCCCCUUUUCCUCCCACUUUAUCCACUGAGCAUGGUGCCAUAUGGUCUGGAAUGUCCCUUUGGUCAGCUGGGGUCACCUAUCCUGGCUGUGUCUCCUCCCAGCCUCCCAGGCAGCCCCAGCUUCAUUCCCAUUGUGGCAGUGCAAAAGGCAGAAAAGGCCUUGACUCUGUGUAAGCCUGCUCAGCAAUAACAAAAACAUCUCUGUAUUAUCAACCCUGUGUUCAGCACAAAUGCAGAACACAGCCCCAGUAACCCACUAACAAUGAGGAAAAUGAACUGCCCCCCAUCCAACACCAGCACAGGCUUCAGGACUGAUCAGCUAUUCCCUUGUUAGCCCCCAAGGAGACUUUACAUAUGGUAUCAGGUGGCCCAAGGCAAUAAAAUAAUGAGCAUCGAUUUCUAAAUAUCUCAGUCUCAUAAUAUUCUAAGGUAGUCUGUCUUUUAAAUACUGGGUUUGAGUUCUGUGAUGUAAUUGCUUAUAUACAUGUCAAAUUUAAAAGAUGAAAGCAGGCUGCCUGUUUUCCAGCUCUGGUUUGAUACAAGGAGUCAGUCUCUGAACAUGAGAGGCUGGCUGUGGCUCUGCAAUUCUUUUGUCUUUUGCUUAGUUUCUACAUAUUAAACCAAUUCCUGUUAUGGAGCAUAAUAAUUAUUCCUCUGCAUGUAUUUUAAGAAAAUUAUUCAUUCUUAAUUCAUGGUUAAUUUUUAAUUCAUUUUUAAUUUAGGGUGAAGAAUUAUUAAUUCUUAAUGCAUGGUGAAGUUUUUACUAGACCUAUUAAAGCGUUUACUCCCCUGCA